AUGAACUCUCAUCCACCCUCUCGCCGUCCCUCACUGGCGCCCUCGGCUUCCUUGCGCUCCUUCAAUCGCAGAGUCUCAGCCCUAUCGCUCACGGCCGCCGAACAGGGAGACACGACUCGCGUCAACCCCGAGGACCAAGUCGUCGCCGAUGAGAUUGACGAGAUCAAGCGCUAUGAAGACUUUACAACCAUAGACUGGGUUAGGGAUGCAGCUAGGGAACAGCAGCGACGCAAGGCCAAGCGACAAGAAAGAGCUGGCUUCCAACAAAGACAAGGUCGUCUAGGUUGGAGAAGGAGGUUAUGGGAGGCCUACGAUGCUGGUCAGGCAUGGCUGGUCGUUACCCUGAUAGGCACAGCCAUUGGUAUGAAUGCUGCCUUCUUGAACAUAAUCACUGAAUGGUUGUCCGAUAUCAAGUUGGGUCAUUGUACAACUGCUUUCUACUUGAACGAGAGCUUCUGUUGCUGGGGUGCUGAGGAAGGCUGCGCAGAAUGGCGCCCUUGGAGCUCUCAUGUCAUUUUCCGCUAUAUAAUAUACAUCCUCUUCUCCACCGUUUUUGCCUUCACAUCCGCUCGACUUGUCAAAUCUUAUGCCCCCUACGCCGCCGGCUCUGGUAUCUCUGAGAUCAAAUGCAUCAUUGCAGGUUUUGUCAUGAAAGGCUUCCUCGGCUUCUGGACACUACUCAUCAAGUCCAUCGGCCUCCCUCUUGCCAUCGCUUCUGGCUUGUCAGUUGGCAAGGAGGGUCCCAGUGUUCACUAUGCCGUGUGCACAGGUAAUGUCAUUUCUCGCUUCUUUGAUAAGUACCGCCGAAAUGCUGCAAAGACCCGAGAGAUUCUCAGUGCCUGUGCUGCUGCUGGUGUCGCUGUGGCUUUCGGAAGUCCUAUUGGAGGUGUUCUCUUCUCUCUCGAGGAAAUGUCAAACUACUUCCCGCUCAAGACUCUGUGGAGAAGCUACUUUUGUGCUCUGGUAGCAACAGCAGUACUAUCCGCUAUGAAUCCUUUCCGUACAGGACAACUCGUCAUGUUCACAGUCAGCUACGAUCGUCAGUGGCAUUUCUUCGAAAUCUUCUUUUAUAUCAUUCUUGGCAUCUUUGGUGGUCUGUAUGGUGCCUUGGUCAUCAAAUGGAACCUCCGAAUGCAAGCCUUCCGAAAGCGUUAUCUCGGCCAAUAUCCUAUUCUAGAGGCCACCAUUCUCGCCACUGCAACAGCUAUCUUAUGCUACCCGAACAAGUUUUUGCGAAUUGACAUGACAGAGAGCAUGGAGAUCCUCUUCCUCGAGUGUGAAGGAGGGCACGACUACGAUGGCUUGUGCGAUCGUCAAAAUCGCUGGACAUCAGUCCUAUCCCUCCUCAUAGCUACAGUUCUUCGCACCUUCCUUGUCAUCAUAUCGUACGGAUGCAAAGUACCUGCAGGUAUCUUUGUGCCUUCCAUGGCCAUCGGAGCAUCUUUCGGUCGCAUGGUGGGUAUCUUGGUUCAGGCGAUGCAACAAGCAUUUCCAAAUGCUGCAUUCUUCUCAGCUUGUCAACCUGACAUGCCCUGUAUCACUCCGGGCACGUACGCAUUCUUGGGCGCUGCGGCUGCUCUGUCCGGAAUCAUGCAUAUCACCGUGUCUGUCGUUGUCAUCAUGUUCGAAUUGACAGGAGCCCUGACUUAUAUCCUACCUACCAUGAUUGUUGUCGGUGUUACGAAAGCGGUUAGUGACCGCUUCGGUAAAGGAGGUAUCGCAGACCGGAUGAUUUGGUUCAACGGUAUGCCAUUCCUAGACAACAAAGAGGAUCACGCCUUUGGUGUACCUGUCUCCACAGCCAUGACCAGCGAACUGAAGGCCUUGCCCGUCUCUGGUCUGGAAGUUCGAGAUAUUGAGAAACUCUUGGAUGACACGAAGUAUUCUGGUUAUCCAAUUGUCGAAGACGCAACCUCAAUGAUGCUGGUAGGAUAUGCUGGCCGAACUGAGCUUCGUUAUGCUCUUGACCGAGCUAGGCGUGACCAGAUGGCGACACCACGCACGAAAUGCUUCUUUACUCCAGUCGCUGGGCACGUACCGGUCACCCCAUCUACACCGAACCCAGCGGUUCAUUUGGACUAUUUGAGUGCGACAUCGAAUCAGGGGACUGUGGACCUCAGCAAGUUCAUCGAUGCGACGCCGAUCACAGUUCAUCCUCGACUACCUUUAGAGACUGUCAUGGAACUCUUCAAGAAACUUGGACCUCGAGUCAUCCUUGUCGAAUAUCGUGGUAGACUUACUGGUCUGAUCACAGUCAAAGACUGUCUCAAAUAUCAAUUCCAAGCGGAGGCACACGAGAAUCCCAAAGAUGAUUCCGCUUUAAGAGAAGCACAAGAUCGACUGUGGAACAUCAUCAGAAAGACGGCUGGUUGGAUCAAUAGUCGACUCUUCUUCUUGAAGCGACAAAGUCGUCAUGUUCGGUUACCAUCCAGUUCUGAUAUAGGAAUAACACCGACAAGCGAUACGUCGGCUGAGGGUCGAGCAGCAGGGAGGAAUGACGACCUAGAAUUAGAACACAGGACAUGA